CAGCUUCGCGCCCUGAUCGCAGCCUUAGCCUGCUCGCGCAGCCUCCGUCUCAUCUUGCCUACCGACGAAGCAUGGGCGUCCAGGGCUUCCAAGAGUUCCUGGAGAAGCGCUGUCCCGGGGCCGUGGUGCCCGUGGACCUCCUCAAGCUCGCACGCACGGUUUCUCGCCAGCAGCAGCAACAGCAGCAGCACCUGCACCUGCACCGCCAGCUGCCCCCGACGGCAGCCCUAGCGCCCGGAGCUCCUCGCACCGCCAGGGGCUCCACGCCUCUGCAACCGCCGCUCCCGCCCGCUGCCUUUGGUGCCUAUUCCGGGGGCGCAGGGCCGACCCGGCACCAUCACCCCGCUCACCACUUCCACCACCACGGUCAGGCACCGCCCGGGCUGCACCCACCGCUGCCGCCGCCGCCGCCCCCACCACUGCCUGGUGCCAGGGUGCUGGUAGACGCGGGCUCGGCGCUGCCGCGGCUUUAUGGCGGCUACCAAACGGAUUGGGUGUGUGGCGGCCAAUGGAAUGCCAUGCUGGGCUACUUGUCAGCGCUGUGCCAGGCUUGUGCCUAUCCCGGCGGCGACGGCCUGGAGCUGGUGGUCAUGUUCCCAGGGGGCCUGGGCAAGGACCGGCUGGCCGAGUGGGGCCGUCGGUGCCAGGCUGAGCGGCAGACAGCGCAACUGAUCGUGGGACACGUGGGCAACAAGGGCACCCCUCCACCACGGGCCUGGUUCCUGCCACCGGCCUGCCUGAGCCACUGCGUGAGGCUAGCACUCAUCCGCUUCCGGGUCAAGGUCUUUCAGAGCCUUGAGGAUCACCAUCUGGAAGUGGUAGCUUUUUUCAGGGAAAAUGGUUUCCAUGGCCUUCUUGCUCAUGACUCCGAGUACGCACUCUACAAUAUCCCCUCUUACUACAGUUCCCACGCUCUGAAGCUGAGCUGGAAUGGCAAGAACCUCACCACAAACCAGUUCCUGAUGCAGGAGGUGGCCAAACAGCUGGGCCUGAAGCGGAUGAAUUUUCCCAUAUUUGCCGCAUUGCUAGGAAACCACAUUCUCCCAGAUGAGGACCUGGCUGCCUUUCACUGGAGCCUGUUAGGACCAGAACAUCCUCUUGCAUCACUUAAGGUUCGAGCUCACCAGCUGGUUCUCCCUCCGUGCGACGUGGUGAUCAAGGCUGUUUCUGAGUAUGUGAGUUCCAUCAAGGACCCCUCAAACCUCGAUGUGGUUGGAAAGGAUGUUUUCAAGCAGUCUCAGUCCAGGACCGAAGAUAAAAUAGAACGAUUCAAGAAAGCCGUUGAGUACUACUCGGUCACAACCAAGCUCUCUUCGCUGCCAGUGGGUCCCUCUUUUCUUGGCUUUCGGAAUAAUCGCCUUGGAAAUCCUCCCCUUCCACGAAAUCAAAUGGGCACCAUUUCUACUGGAAAGCCAAUGUUUUCUCACCAAGUACCCCAGAAAAUGAAAUAUCCACCACCAUUCCCAAUGGGACCCAGCUCAUCACUUCUCUUGUCUCCCCACACUUUGGGGGAGUCACACACUUUUUCUGAGGACCCUGUGCUUCAGGACAGCCCCUUUGCCAACUGGGCUGUCUCUUAUGACUCGUCUGCAUCCCAGUUCCCCAAUUACCUGCCUUCCAAAGCAUCGCCACCUUUGAGGCCAGACUCGUCACAUUCAUCAUCUUCUGAUGGUGAUGAGCCCAAUGGAGCCGGCUCUGAUCAUGUCACAGAGGCACUUCAACAGCAGCCUGGAUGGACAGAUCCCAGUGGCGAGCGCGAGUCUUGGGGACAGCCCAUGGAUGCUGGCGUUUCAGAAUCCAGCCUCGGGGACGGAGAGCCCCACAUCCCGUCUCUGCUUUCUAUGUCCACAAGGAACCACAUGGAUAUCACCAUCCCACCCUUGCCUCCAGUCGCCCCGGAAGUCUUGCGGGUUGCGGAGCACAGACACCGCAGGGGUCUCAUGUACCCGUACAUCUACCACAUCCUCACAAAGGGUGAGAUUAAGAUUCCUGUCUGUAUCGAGGAUGAGUGCAACAUGGAGUUACCUCCAGCCGCCCUCCUGUUCCGAUCAGCCCGUCAGUACGUGUAUGGAGUUCUUUUCAGUCUGGCAGAGACCCAGCGGAAAAUGGAACGCCUGGCCAUACGGCGCCGGCUGCCUGUGGAAAUUCCUUCGGUGAUCCUUAAGGAGUGGUCUGCCUACAAAGGCAAGUCACCUCAAACCCCUGAGCUUGUGUCUGCGCUGACAUUCCGGGAAUGGACUUGCCCAAACCUCAAGAAACUCUGGCUCGGCAAAGCCGUCGAAGACAAGAACCGAAGAAUGAGGGCCUUCCUGGCCUGCAUGAAGUCAGACACACCCAGCAUGCUUAACCCAGCCAACGUUCCCACCCAUCUGCUGCUCAUGUGCUGUGUACUUAGGUACAUGAUUCAGUGGCCUGGUGGCAGAAUCCUGCAUCGCCAUGAGCUAGAUACCUUCCUUGCCCAGGCAGUGUCAACACAGCUUUAUGAACCAGACCAACUCCAAGAACUCAAGAUUGAAAAACUGGAUGCCCGAGGGAUUCAACUUGCUGCUCUCUUCAUGAGUGGGGUCGACACAGCUUUGUUUGCCAAUGACGCCUGUGGCCAACCAGUGCCUUGGGAGCACUGCUGUCCCUGGAUUUACUUCGACGGCAAGCUGUUCCAGAGCAAGCUCAUUAAAGCAGGCCGAGAACGUGUGUCCUUGGUCGAGCUCUGUGACGGCCAGGCUGACCUGGCAACCAAAGUGGAAAAGAUGAGACAGAGUAUCCUUGAAGGAGUCAACAUGAACCAUCCACCACCUUCGGCUCUACUUCCAUCACCUACUUUUGUGCCUCCUAUGAUGCCCCCUCUCUACCCUGUUUCACUUUACUCCCGAGCUAUGGGCUCAAUGCCACCUCACGCUCAAGGAAGGAGCCGAGGCUUUGCAGGUCUCCAUCCCAUCCCAACCCAAGGAGGAAAACUGGAGAUUGCCGGGAUGGUGGUGGGCCAAUGGGCUGGCAGCAGAUCCUCCAGGGGCCGAGGAUCCUUUGGCAUGCAAGUGGUGUCUGUUGGCGGGCCAGGAAGGGGGCAUGGAAAAGAACAGACUGGUAGAGGAAUCAAAGGACACAAAAGGAACAAACAAGGCUCUACAGAUGGAGUCUCUAAACCCCUGGAGCUUCAUCCAGGGCGGCCACGCUUACAGUUAAAUGGAAACAAUGGCACAUUGAUCAAGGAAGAAAAGAGUGAUCGUCUUCCUGCUCCAUCACAAUGUGCCUUAUCCAGAGACCGCAACAUGUGUAGUAGUGGAAACCGCUGCCUCCCCGGGAAGAAUGGGGAAAAGAACCACUUACAAGAGCAGAAGCUGGAAACUCUGGCACAGCAGAAAGAGGAGUGACGACCUGAUGAUGGCUUCACCUGAUUAGGAAGAGGGGAAAACCUGUACUUUUCUGAUUCUAGGCCUAAACUAGAGGAGGCUGUAAAUGUUUACCCUGGGUUUCCCACUGCAUUUUGAUGAGCUGUCCUGCUGCAACAUAUUGUCUCUCUUUUGCUGGGCUUCCAGGCUCAGACUGAGGGGGAAGUUUUGGUAAAAGAUGAGUGGCAGCAACAGGGAUAGUUCCUAUUCUCCAAUGGAAUAUGUAGUGCCAAUAUUUUCACUAUCUCCCCCUCUGGGAGCCUGUGAAGGCAAUAGUGCUUAGCAAUUGGAUGUGGUCAUGCAAGCUACUAGAGCAAAAUCCCAGCCUCGGUUUUCUGAAUAUUUACCAGGAUACUCAGCUACAGAGUUCCAUGGUCAUCAGAUGGGAUUUCGGGGACAGCUGUCUGUGGCUUCUUGCCAUAGAAUCGUUAUCAUCUGCCUCUUCUUUCCCCUCCCAAAUUAUUCACCCCAUAAUUUUAUACCACCACCUCUAGCUCUGGCCUACCAAUCAGAUUGGUAGAUGUUUUCAAAGAAGUG